AUGAAGAUGAUCUCUUUGAUUUGGAAUUAACUUCUCCAAGGCCUAAGAUUCCAAAACAGAGAGGAGAGAGCAGGCCCCCCAGCACAGCACAGUCUGAGAACGCUGAAGGAAACAAUCAUGAGAGCACAGAAAGUUGCAAAACGACUGCAACUUACACCUCCCUCAGGGUAGACUUCAUGGACUGUGAGGAAUCAAAUGAUGAUGAUGAAGAUGAUGAAGAAGAAUCUGAAAAUAAUACAGCUGAAGUUCUUUCCCAGGAGCCAGAUGCCACUUCCACAUCUAACUUCAGUGGGGUAACCAGUGACCAACAGGAGUCUAAUGCCAACGUCCUUCGCUGGGAAACGUUCUUUAAGUGUGACAGAGCAGAAGAAACCUCUGACAUUGAGGACAACUUCCCCUCCUCAGCAGAUGCUGGUGGCUCCCAGUCACUCUUCAGUGAUUCGGAUGGUGUCAGCGACUCAACACACAUCUCCUCCCAAAACUCUUCUCAGUCAACACACAUAUCAGAGCAGGGGAGCCAGGGCUGGGACAGCCAAAUGGACACAGUGCUCAUUACCACCCAAGAGAGGAACGCCUUGGACAACAGCAGAGGUGGGAGCAGGACAGUUGCUAUAUCACAGGACGCCACCAAGCACAGUCCACUUGACAACAGCCCGUGCAAGCCACUGAGUCAGAACAGAUCUACCCACAAUGUUGCCUGUGACUUGAAAAGCAAAGACACUGAGAAAGAUGCAGAUGCUGGCACCAUUUGUGUGGGAGAUGGGGUGGUGGAAGUAAGUGACAACUCCAGGACGCCGGAUCUGGAGCUGAGGAGGGAUUCCCAAAGCUCCUCUGACUUUGAAAUUCCCUUGACUCCUGAUGCUGAGGUGCCUCAGCCAGAAAAACUGCGCUGUUUGUAUAAGAAGCUGGCAGCAGGUGAAAACAUAGUCUGUGAGAAGAGAGUUUCUUGA